AUGGAGUCUAGAAGAAAGGGCACCGCUAUUAUUGGAUAUCAUAUAGAAAAUUCACCUGCGUAUAAGCCCAGUCCAUUCAAGAAAAAGAAACUUGAUGUUGGAAAAGCUACAAGAAAUGCUCCAAAGAAUAAACGGAGCAAGGGAAGACAACCCAAGCAGUUCUUUGAACAGGAUGAUACUAGUGAAGACUGCAAGCCUCGUAGAGUUCCUGAUUUCGCAGCUAAUGAGAAUUCUUCUGUGCUAAAAAGAGACAGGAAAGGUAUCCCAAGGUUUAGACAACAUGAAAGGCCUUGCUUUAGCAAUGUUUAUGAAGAGGAUUUGUCCUGCAUGAAGAUGAUUUCUCAACCAUCUAUUGAUCGAAAAGCUGCUACUCCUCAGCAGAGGAGCUCCAGACUUAUGGUCGACAAGAGAUCCCAAAAUUGAGAAGAAAGUAUUGCCAAAGCCAGAGUUGAUCACAAAUUCCAAUCGUGUGAUAAAAAAGAAAAGGUUAAAAAGAACCUGAAAAUCCGAAUUGAAGACAACUUCAAGAACCUUAACACUAGUAAAAGACUUCCCACUGAAGUUAUGAAAUUUGAUAAAAAUUAUAUGAAAAAUGCAUUUAAGAGUGAAACUAAAUAACCAUUCUCAAUUCCUAGUCGCUGAGGCCAACCAGAACAAUCAGAAGGAUGGUGUUUUGUACCAGAGCAAUGACUCCAAGAACCUCUUAGGCUUCAGGAAUAAUCGUCAUUUAAUGUCGCAUUCUAUUGUGAACUCUCCAAUGCCUCAGAGCAAAGUGGGUUCAGUGUCUAAUUCCAAACUAUCUUAUAAUAAGAAUCAGAGUGAGCAGGAAGAAAACAAGUCUGAAGCUUUCUUUGGUAAAGAAAGAGAGAGGGUCUGGAAAAAUGCAUUACAGUGAAACAAUAUUAACGAACAUUCUCAUAAAAAGAGCUCUCAGACUGGACAUGAAUACCCUCAAAAUCCUUUCCUUCAUACCAUUAAGGCUCUUGAAUCUGAAAGCAGCAAGAAUACUCCAGGUUUUCACAAGAAGUCUAGCAAUAUAUUUAUGUUUAAAUAAGCUAUUAAC